AUGACUGUUGCUCCAGUAUCACACUCAAACCUAAAAGGCAAGGAGAAGGAGAAGGAGGAGGAGGAGGAGGAGAUGGAGAAGGAGCAAGAGAAGGAGAAGAAGAAAGUAAGAGACAAGGAUGAUCACUACUUAGCCAAUUGCUCGGAUCUUGAGUUCAAACAACUUGAUUUUGUAAUUGCAUUUCCAAAGAAAAAGGACUGGUUCUACGUAAUGUCUCAACCCAGUAAGUGUUGGACUAAUGAGAAUAAAAUCGUUGGCACUAUCAAAGGGUUUGGUAUACCUGCUGGACUGCCUUGGCACGUCACAGAUGAGGUUUAUGUCCCUGUAAAUUGUAAUGGGGAGUUUCAUUGGGUCUUGGCAGUCGUUGUAUUGAAGGAACGACACUUAAAUAUCUAUGAUUCGAUGUCCUCAUCUAGGACUAACAGAAAAUUGUGUGCCGAGAUUCAAAAGUUGUCUACAAAGUUGCCAAAGUACCUUGAAUCCAAUGGAUUUUAUGAGCAAAAAGAUCAAACCAACUGGUUAGUUCUUGAAUCUUACCAGGGCAAGAACAAAUCUCACCCAUUCGAAGUCAUACAUGUUACUGGUAUUGCCCAACAAGCAAGCAAUAGUUUUGAUUGUGGAGUUUUUGUUGCUGCAUACGCUGAGUUUUUGAGUGAUGGACUACAAAUACCAUAUGAUGGAAUUAUUUCUCAAUCCCUUCGCUUGAGAUAUGGUUCACUCCUAUGGAAUUAUGGGAUUUUAAAGGCUCGGAGUGGCUAUGUUAGUAACAAUGAAGACCCACAGAGGCCUAGACCUUAA